UAUAUUAGUGUCUCUACUCAUCCGGCUGUAGGAUCUCAAAUGGCCAGCCCUCAGAAAGUCACUCUGUCAUAAAAGGACAGUUUAAAUCUCACCAUCCCACCGCAAUGUAGUGACCCCUUUCCACUAUCACAAACUACCAGAUUUCCCCUGCCUCCCAGCGCUUGGCACAUUCAUGUGGGGAUUUUCAUGCUCUUCAUGUUGCUGCUUUCACUGGACAUAUAGGGGAGGGGCUGGGGGAGUCCGAGGCAUUGUGAUGUUGGAGCCAGUGACACUCUUUCUGGGGGAAAUUGUAGCUGGAGUCUGUCUCUUCUAGAACUAGUGCAUGUAAUCCUCUGUGUGUGAGCCAGGAGGCAAUGGAGAGUCAGAGGGGAAGCCUAUGAUGUUUGUAUGAUGUUAGUAACAGGUUUUCCCCAUGGGGCGAAUGUAUAUUGAGUGGCAUUGGUCCCACUGACCUCAUUAAGACAUCUGCCAUAGAUGAGAUAAAACUUUGUUCAAUCUGAGAAGUCCAAAGGAAAAAAAAGUUGAAGGGGAGAAUCUAGCUUUUUAAACACAAAGUCUCACUGUCGCCCAGGCUGGAGUGCAGUGGCGCGAUCUCGGCUCACAGCAACCUCUGCCUCCAAGGUUCAAGCGAUUCUCCUGCCUCAGCCUCUCAAAUAGCUGGGAUUACAGGUUCUGUAAUCCAAGAUGUCUAUAAAGAGCUGGGAUAUCACUAGGAAAUCAUCUUCAUCCAGACUUAUUCCUGAGUGGAAGAACUUGAAGUUCCUCAUAAAUAAGAUCCUGAAGGACAGAAAGACUGAUGAAGAACCAAAGAAUGAUGUGGUUCUACUGAGUGACUGGCCUGAGACUCUAUACCAGGAGUCUCACCAUCCCCAGAACAAGCCUUUUGUCUGCUUCUACUACUCCAUCAAGGCCAACUGUUUUGUCUCCUUAAACUGGAUGGAACCCUGUGGAAAAAUGCAGGCAGUACUUUGGAUACAGAAAAAGGGUACAGAAAUGAAAGGAACGGUAGAGAAGAUGAGGCUUCGCAUGAUGGAUCAGCUGCCGCCCAUCCAAGCAAUGGUCCACACAGGUUCCUACCACAUGUUAAUUGCUUACUGUGGUGACAUGCGCCUGAGGCUUUUUGGAGAUCACCGUCGAGCGUUCAGAUUUCUGGGUACAGUGCCCUGUCAUUUCUCCACCAGCUGCCUCUUCUAUGAUCCAGAAGCUGAGUUGCUGCUAUCUGGUACCCUGGGGGCUGUUGUUACCUGGUUUAUCUUGCCAAAUGGCAGGGGCAUCGAGAUGGCUCAAAUAGUACCUAUGGCUGAUCAUGAGCUUGUACAGGGAUUUUCCCUGAAUGGCCCUCAGGGAUCCAUGUUGGCUCUGUGUGAGGAUACAGUGAGGGUCUUCAUUCACCGGGGUCAGGGCCAGCUGGAAGAAGUGAAGAAGUUCACUCCUGUCGCCAGUGGCUCUUCCAUCACUUGCUCCUUUACUUGUGUCUCUCAGGGCAAUUUCUACGCUGGAAACAGGGCUGGAGAGAUCCACGCUUGGGGUUUAGACCAAGGUAACUUCCUCCACAGCUUUCAAGCCCAUUCCUCAUCAGUGAUAUGUAUCCAUAGCCGGCCAGAGAUCCACACCUUACUAACAGCAGGCAGUGAAGGCAUAGUGAGGGAAUGGAAUCUUACUUAUGGGAACUUGCUGCGACAGCUGAAUAUUGACAAGGAUCUUCAGAGACUGCAGUUUAUUGAUAAUACCACUUUUUUCUGCCAGACCACCUACAGUUUUUCAUUGCAUCACCUGCCCUACUUUUAUAGCCUCUUCAAUGUCUGUGGUUCUGCUCCCCAGCAGGUGCAGCGGGUCUGCUGCGGCCAUAACUGGACUCAGAUUCUAUGUGCCACUGAGGAUGGUUUAUUGCGCUUCUUGUCUCCAGUAACAGGGGAUCUCCUGGUUAUCACCUGGCCUCUACUUGUUAUGGAUAAGGCUUUGGCUUGGGCCUAUGACUCAGAGAGAGAGGAGCUCUUUGUGGCAAUAGGCAGUUCAGAGGUGCUGGUGUUUGAUGCAACACGCUCUCCUUGUACAGCCAAGUAUCUUGUGGGCACUUCAGCAGACCGUAAGGAUAGAGUAAGAUGCUUGGCCUAUGGGAGGUCCCAUCUGCAAAAAGGCCUAGGAGGAUUGAUGUUCUGUGGGCAUGAGAGUGGCGUUGUGAGAAUCCUUUCCCACUAUAGUUGUGCCCGAAUAGAGAAGACUGUUCACUCUGGGGCAGUAUUGGCAUUGUCUACCCUGGAAGGCCCUCAGGAAAACGGCUUGCUCUGUUCCUAUGGCACGGAUAACAUCAUACACUUGACAGAGGCCGUGCUUCAGGUGAACAAGGUAGUCCUUCAGCCUGUCGGCAAAAUCCUCUGUGGCUGCCCCCUAAAACGUGUGAUACUCUUGCCAGGUUCUGUGGGUGCCAUCACUGAAAGCUACUGCUGGCGUCUCUGGCACUAUGAAGGCUUUCUGACAUCUUCAGAAUCAAAACAGAGCUUUGUGUGGAGAGAGACAAAAUGCCUGCAUGAGUGUGACAUCACUUCAUUUGAUGUCUGCCUUCCUCUGAAACUUUUUGUCACAGGUGGCAUUGAUGGCUCAGUCCGGAUCUGGGACUUCCAUGGUAGACUUGUAACCGAGUUCGACUCAGCCCUGCAUUUUGGCCCGCUGUGCUUUGCCAAUAAUCGAGGUGACCUGUUGUUGACUUUCAACCAGAGUAUCUACAUGGUAUCUUGCUUAAAGCUGCUCCCUCCAGCUCAGCUGGUUCACCUGAGUAUCCUAAAAAAUGCAGAUGAAAUACAAGAAGUCCCUAAACCCUUCCUUCCCAGCUUCUUCUUUAUGUUUGAAACAGUAUUUGUACCCAGAUUUGUCUACCUUGGAAAAGGGCGGCAGGAAUUACAGGGGCUAGAGACCCUUGUCAACAAACGGUUCAUUGCUUUUGACAAUACUGUGCCUCAUGUUGUAGAAGAAGUGAGAAGCAUGUCCCUUGUGAUUCAGAAGACCAAAUUUCCUCUUUUGGAGGAUAAGGAUAUUGAUUUCUCUACUCUUGAUUCCAAGUAUAAUCGUCCCCGACAUGAGGUUCCUGCUCCGUUGCAGCUGGCUGGCUGGGAUGGAUUCAAUGCCUACCAAAUGCUACAGUGCUUCUUUGGUCAAGGGCGGCAAUGGCCCUUUGCUCCUGAUGGCUACAUCCCCAACUCAGUGAUCCGUGCCCGCCUUUGGCCUGAGGGUACCCCAGUCUUCCUAUGCUGUGAUCUGUAUUCAUCCUACCAAGUUAAGGACUGGGACUUGUCAUCUAUGACUCUAGUAGAAGAGAAAAUUUCAAGGAGUCAACAAAAGGAUAAAUCCAAGGUGCGAAAAGGAACUUCGCCUGAUAUUCUUGAAAGCAUGGCAAACCAAAAUUGGAUGAGAAGAAAAUAUAGUGGAAGGCUUAUGGAUGAUUUAAUAGAGGCCAUCCUCAACCUCACAAUUUACUGCUCUGUAGAGCAAUACAAGAGAUAUUUUAGGGUACUUGAACGUAUUUUUGCCACUUGCCAGAUACCUUCAGAUUUGGUUUCUAAGACUGCCCAUCGCCUCCUACAAGAUACAACCCAUUCCAAUCCACGUAUCCGUGAGCUAGCCUGGGAGGCGCUGGAUAGGCUAGGCCUCAUGAACCAUCAUUUUGGUAUUCCACUGGCUAUGGGAUUGAUGGACAGUGAUGAGAAUGUGCGGGCUAAGGCCUUAUACCUUAUGGUAAGAGUCACAGGCAUUCAAACCAAGACCAGGCUGGUACACCUGCUGAAGAAACAAGAAACUCUCCAGAAAAUGCAGCAAGAAAUUAUCGGAGAAAUCACUCUGGGCCAACUGCUGAAUAUUCAAGCUGAAGAUAUACAGUCCCUGCUUAUUCAUGUGGAGCAGCAGCUAAAUGAAAACUUGACUUUGUUACAAAGAGAAAAGUCAUUUACUUUUUCUUUUGAUAUACCAUGGUCUGAAGAACUUAAGGUCUUUUCUGAAGACAUGUUCAUACCUUUGUCAGAACCUGUAAAGAUCACCAAACCAAAGAAAACAAAGAGACAUUUUCAAGCAAGGAGCAGAAAGCUUAUUAAAAAGGAUCUGAGAGUUGCCAGGAAGCACAGAAAGACAAAAUUGGAAAAGUCUAGUUCCGUGUUGAUGCCUUCAGAAGAUGCAGGUGAACAAAGAGAGGCCGGGAAAUCAGAGCAAGUUGAAACCCAACAUGUUACCUUAGAGCCAGAGCUACCACUGAGUUCUGUAAGCACAGUCAAAUCCCAGGAUUAUGCUGAAACAGAGAAGGAGGUCAUUUUACAAGCUAUAGAGGCCAUGGAGGCCACAGAAGCCCUGGAGGCCACAGACGCCAUGGAAGCCAUAGAUCAAGGUAACAUGAAAGAUUACGGAGAUGUGAUCUCUAAGCUGGAAAGAAAAGAACACAUUAAAAGGCUUUGGAAAAAGGCAAUGAGAAAAAGCAGAAUAGCAGAUGUGCAGUGGAAAGAGAAAAAAGAUUUGAAGGAUAUUUCAGAGGUGACUACAGAAGAACCUAAGGAAGACGUCAUAAAAAUUGAUGAGAAAGAAGAAGGUAAAAGGAAGAAAAGUGAAAAGAAGAGCCGGGGUUUGGCUGGGACUCCUGGACGUGCAGGUAGACCAGACACCAGAUCUUGGAGGGAUGGCAUUUGUUCUCUUGUCACUUCAAGGAUAGCAAGUUCCCAUCCAGGAAUGUUAAGGGAUCUGGGCAAAGAAUUGGUAGGCCUGGCUAGGGUGAUACUUGCUGACCGACAGCCCAGCUGGACUCUCUUCCAAGAGAUAUGCCCCCUUUUACAGGAUUCAAGCUCAGUCUCAUUAGAAUUAGAUGACAGAGUAUUGGAAGAAACACCCACCAUAACAAAAAAAGUCAUUAAAGAGGCUGUCAAGGACAAAAGGACAGCAGUAUUGACAGAACGAGAGGAUAAAAAAGUGUUAAAGGAAGAUAAGGAAUUUUCUCAAGAAGGAAAGAAAAAGAAAGCUGUUUUCCCAGCAGAUCGCUUAGUCUUAGAGAAAAGGAAAUUUAAAAGAAAAAUGAGGAAACUGGCCAAGCAAGAAGGGAAAAUAGCUAAGGAAGAAAGGAAACUGACAGAGCCAGAGGAAAAAAUGCAGAGAAAGGAGAAACCAACCAAAGAUAAAAAGAAACCAACCCAUCCAGAAGAAAAAAUGGCCCAGGAAGAAGAAAUACCUGCUUCCCCACAAAAGGAAUUAAUUAUGGAAGAUCAGAAGUUAGUCCUAGAAGAAAAAAGACUAACUGGAAAAAGGGGACGACUACUAGGGAAAGGAAAGGAAGUGAUCAGGAAAAAGAAGAAGCCAAUCCUGAAAAGGGAAAGGUUGGAAUGGGAAAAGAUACAGGCCCAGGAGGAAAGCAUGAGGGCCCAGGAAGAGAAAGAGCUGGCUGAGGAAGAGGAGGAGCUGGCUGAGGAAGAGGAGGAGCUGGCUGGGGAAGAGGAGGAGCUGGCUGGGGAAGAGGAGAAGCUGGCUGGGGAAGAAGAGGAGCUAGCUGAGGAAGAGGAGGAGCUGGCUGAGAAAGAGGAGGAGCUGGCUGUAGAAGAGGAGGAGCUGGCUGGGGAAGAGGAGGAGCUGGCUGGGGAAGAGGAGGUGGUGGCUAAGGAAGAGGAGGAGCUGGCCUGGGAAGAGGAGGAGCUGGCCUGGGAAGAGGAGGAGCUGGGUUGGGAAGAGAAGGAGCUGGGUUGGGAAGAGAAGGAACUGGGUUGGGAAGAGGAGGAACUGGCUGAAGAAGAGGAGGAAGUGGCUGAGGAAAAGGAAGCACUAAUCCUAGACAUAGAGAAACAAGUUGGAGAAAGAAAGAAACACAUCUGGGAAAAGGAGAAACAUGUUGAGGAAGAGGAGAAAGAGUCCUGGGAACUGGGGAAACUGGUUCAGGAUCAUUGGUCUAGAGAAGAGGAAGGACUGUCUGGGAAAGAGAGAGAACAGACAUUAGAAAUGGAGAGGUUGGCAGAACAAGAGAGUAAAUUAAUCCAAAAAGAGAAAUGGUUUGGCAAAGAGGCCCUUUAUGGGGAACAGAAAGAACAAGACCAGACAGAGAGGCAGGCUCAAAAAGAGGAGAGCAAACAGUUAGCCUGGGAAAGAAAGAAACUGUACCUAGAAGACAAUGAAAAGUUUGGAGAACUGGAGAAAUUGUCAAAAGAAGAAGAGAAAUUAGCUCAAAAAACGGAGCAAGAAGCUGAGAAAAGAAAACAAUGGGCCAGAGAAAAAAUAAAACAGGUCUCCGAAGAGGAAAAAAUCACAGAGGAAAUCAAGAAAGGGUCCCCCAAAGAAGAGAAACAGACCAUAGGAAAAGAGAAAAAAACUGAGAAAAAGAAGAAACAGAUUGAGAAAGAUGAGAAAGCAAUUGAGGAAGAACAAUGGAUUCAGGAAAAACUAGCCUUACAAAAGGAGAAACUGGCCCACGAAGAGAGAGUAUGGAGUCAGAAAGACAUGAAACAGUCCUGGAAAGAGGAGAAAGAGGUAAAGCCAAAAAAACGAGUCUGGAAAAAAGAGAAAUUGUCCCUAGAAGAGGAGGAACAGGCUGGUGAAAUGGAGGAACAGUUCCAGGAAAAAGAGAAAGAGGCCAAGGAAAUAGAGAAAAGGGCAUUGGCAAAGAGACAGGCCCCAAAAGACAGUAAACUGGCCAAGAAAAAGAGUCAUAUUGCUGAGAAAGAAAAGGCAACGGCCAGGGAAGGAAUUGGCAUAACUGAGAAAAAGAAAAAAAUAACCCAAGAAGAGAAAGAAAUUAUGAAAGGAGAGGGCAAAUUGUCCCAGGAAGACAGGCAACUGGCCUAUGACAUUACGACCAAGGAGAGGGAUGUUGCCAAGAAAAAAAAGAAAACCAAAGAGGAAAGAAAACAGGCAAUGAGAAAACUGGAUAUGGAAAAAGGGAUUGGUUCUGAAGAAAAAGAGGCUCGCUCCAGGGAAGAAAAUAUAAGAAUGAAAGAGAAUCAACUGUUUGGGAUCCUGGCAGGAAUAGUUAGAGAAUUGAUUACAGUUCCUUCAGAAGAAAGAAAAAUAACUGAGGGAGAGACAUCAUCCAUUAUAGAAAAGAGUGAAAUUGAUGGCCGCAGGUGGGAAUUUUUUAAGGAACAGGAGGAAAUAAUUGAAGAAGAGAAGGAACAGGCUCAGAAAGAUAGGAAACUAGAAGAUAGACUGGCCACCAAAGAGAGAAUGGUAACUGAUAAAGAGAGCUCGGAGGAGGACCGAAAGUUAUUAAAGGAGGUCCAGGAAAAGAUACUAUUCAAUAAAAUCCAGGUACAGACUAUGUUAAAGGAGUUUCAGAAGACAAAUUUGUUAGAAAAAAGGCAGGUAGAGGAGCUUCUGAAGAGAGUUGAGGAGCAUAAACUAGAGAAGACUCAGAUGAAGUGGUUAUUGGAUAAUCUCAGAGGUAUACUAUUUGAGGACUUAUAUAAGAGCUUGACGGAGAAGGAAACAGAGGAAGGUCUAAUUAAGAAGGGGAAAGAGGAGGAGAUUCUGCCCAAGAAAGAGAAAAGGAAACGUCUGAUUAAGAAGAAGAAAGCAAGUACAAGUGAAGAGGAAUUGGAGGAUAACUUGGCUAAGAAGCUAAAGGAAAAGGGUUCGACUCAAAAAAGGAAAAUGGAAAAGAGGUUGACUAAGGAGAAAGAGAGGCUGAGUAAGAAAAAAGAGGGCCUACAAGAGGAAGAGAAGAGCCUUAGUGAAGAGGAGUGGGGGCGCUGGAAUGAGAAGGAGGAAGAGGAGAGCCUGAGUGAGAAGGAGGAGGACAGCUUGAGUGAGGAGGAGGAGGAAAGCCUGAGUGAGGAGGAGGAGGAAAGCCUGAGUGAGGAGGAGGAGGAGAGCCUGAGUGAGGAGGAGGAGAGCUUGAGUGAGGAGGAGGAGGAGGAGAGCCUGAGUGAGAAGGAGGAGAGCUUGAGUGAGGAAGAGGAGGAGGAGAGCCUGAGUGAGGAGGAGGAGAGCUUGAGUGAGGAAGAAGACAGCUUGAGUGAAGAGGAGGAGGAAGAGGAAAUGGAGGAAAAAGAGAAGGAGGAGGAGGAAAAGCAGAAGGAUGUGGAAAGCCUGAGUGAAGAGAAGGAAAAGGAGAGCAGACUUAUGGAGGCAAUGUUCUCAGAAGAGGAGAGAGUAUUGAAAACAAAGUUCUCAAAGGAAGAAGUGAGAUUAUCUAGGCUGGUGACUGAAGGUGAGGAUCUUGCUGAGGAAAGGGAGGGUACAGCUAAAGGAGAAAUGCAUUUUAAGAAAGAGGGCUUGCUUGAUGUAAGGAGAUACUCCAGACUUAUGGACAAGGCUAUGUGGCCAACAGUUCUGAAGAGCCUCUCCAAAAUACCAUGCCAGGUAACCCUGGAGGAAAAAGAGGGAAUGCCCCUGAAAGUGUUAGAGGAUCACUUGGAUUUUGAAGACAGAGAGGGCAGUCAACUUCUUGGAGUACACCCCGUGACAAGUUCAUUGGGAAGAGAAGAGAAUGAACUCUUGGAGAAAGCCAGAGGUAUGUUUUUACAAGCCAUGGAAACAGGCUUAGAGACCCAGGUCCCAGAAGGUCUCCAUAGGCCAGAGUUUCAAUUAUCUGAUACUUUCAUGGAACCACAGAAACCUAAACACAGACCCAAAGGUGAAAGAUGGAAGUGGUUCUUGGGGUAUCAGGAUUCUCUGAUGGGGGAAACUGAUGGUCAGGCUCCAGCUCCAGCCCCAGCCUUUUCACCUGAAAUGCCAGGUAGGAGAUAUCGAAGGCCGGCCUUCUCAGAAGCAAGCUUCUCAGAUGAGGAUUGGAUUAACAAUGCCUUAAAAAGGCUGGAAGCAGGAAAGCAACUUUCCAGGGACAGUUUUCAUCGACUGAGUCAGAUCCUCAGAGACUUUACUUCAAAGAGUUACUUGAAAUGGAUGCAUAUGUCCAAUCUUAAGGUCAUUGCUAAACAUCUCAGGCAGAACCUAGAGUUAAGUCACACUGAUAUAUUACAACCUUGCAAGGAGGUUUUGAGUUCAGUGCCCUUAAAAGAGAUCCCUCCAGUUAGAAGAAAAGAAACACAGAAGUGGUUGGGACCAUCCUCUAUACCCAAACCAGUAUUACCAUCAGCCAUCAAGAGGACUCAGACCCCACAGGCUCUCAGCUGGCAUCUCUUAGCUGAGUCCUACAGGAAGAAGCAGGCAAAACAGUUAUCCACUGCUCUCAAGGAGAUAAAGCACCUUUAUCCAGUCACAAGGGAUGUUCCUACAGCUGUUUGUCCCUCUGUGGAUAAGAAAUCUCUAGCCUUGGUAUUUGAGGAGGACUUCCCAGCCUUGACGAGGAAGGGUGAGAGCUCCAAAUUUCCAAUGGCAAAGAAGGAAGCACUGCCCAUCCCUGCUCCAGUGAUAGCAUCAACUACCACAAGAAUUCAAGUCCCUAAAGCUAUAAACUGGCAUCUUUUGGGAGAGCCUCACAGGAGCACGCGGGUACAACAGUUAUCUGAUGCCCUCAAAGAGAUGGAGAUGCAACAUUUUUAUCCUGCCACAAGAGACAUUUUCACAGGUGCCCAUGCCUCUGUGGACAAACAAACUCUAGCACUAAUGUUCCAGAAGGAUCUCGGGGCUUUUAAGGGUAAGGGCAGGCCACCCAAAUUACCCAAAUUGGAGAAGAAGGCACAACCAAUUUCUAAAAAGAAGGAAGAGAUGCCUUUGUGGGAGACGUUUGUGGCACUGUACCAUGUUUUGCGGAUGCUGCAGCAGCGAUAUGCAAAAGACAGUGCUGCUUGGAUGGAACAAUUCUAUCAGCUCAUGGACUUGUACCAACUUAAGUCCCCCAGAAUCCAGAGGCUUCUACUAGAGUUACUGCAGAGAGAGGAACUUCAACCCCAAGAGACCAUCUACAAAAAUGCCCUGAAGACCAAGGAGCUGGCACCUGGUGAGCGCUUGUUCUACCACCUGUUUUGUGGUCAUUCCCGUGACCCUGCGGGUCUCUUCAAGUUCCAGAAUGUAGUACCCCUCCCUGGGCAGAACAAAGUCCAUACUAUCCAACCUGAGGGCAUUGCCCAGUAUGGCUUCCUAGAACUUGCCUGGAAAAGCCUACCGCAACUCAGUCCUCACCGUAUUGAGAGGCUGCCCAGUAUUCCUACUCUUACUAUGAUUGGGCUUAAUAUUAGGACUUUGGGAUCCUAUGGGAAAAUGAGCCUGGGCCACAGAUUUUAAGCCUCUUUACUUGUUCCCCACUUUGAGGUGGGGCUAGAUGCAGACUCAUCUUCAUUCAGCUCCAGAAACCUGCUACUGUGUACUGAAUAAAGUGACAUUUCUC